GCUUUGACAAUUCACUGGCUGACUUGACCCGCUGUGCCAGUGGCCUCUAAAUAUUUUUGGCAGUCGCGAUGCGAAGACACCGGACAGAAACAGAAAUUCGAAGUGUUUGGUAACAAAUAAACAAUCUUUUUGUGAGUGAAGUACGUGCGUAAUUGAACGAUCUCGAUCAUGGCAUUGGAGGAGAAAUUGUCGGAUUACUUUGAGCGCUUCUGUGCGUACAUGCAGCAAGACACGAAAGGCGUCGAGAUUGGCGUCUACACAGUUUCGGGCUUGCUGUUUGCCGUAGCAUACGCUCGAGUCCGUCCGAUAACAAAAUUUGGUAAACCGAGCGACAUCCCGAAGCGAUUCAUACGGAACAAGGCUCGGCAGUAUGGCUCGAUUGCCGGAGUGGAUCCCAGUGCGCCGGGCGGUCCAGUUUUGCUCAUCGACCAUCGACCACCGCUGAAUGCUUUGAUUCCCAAGGGAAAGUUGCUUCCUGUAAAGUUAACCGGAAUAUCAGUAAAUGCAAAUGGCUAUUCCUGGCUGCAAACCGUAGCUGUCGAUCAUGAUGUGGAGUUCAUACCGCUUUCCAGAAGCGGCACUAGCGCCGAGUGCCAAGUGUUGAUGUUAUGUCCACAUAAUCAACGACAACGACUCGACCUAUCUGAAGCCUUGCUUAGUUUAGGCUUUGGUAAAAUAGAGAACAUUCAAAAGCAUUUACAAGAUGAUCCGAUUGUGAAACGCUAUUACAAAUAUCUGCAGAACAUUGAGAAGAAUGCAAAAGAUCAGAGGCUAGGGCUAUGGGCUCUCACUCUUCCACCUGUGUCAUGGCCUCUAAGGACACUCAGAAAUAUGUACAAAUCCGCGCUUUUGCGUGUUCUACCAGCAAAUCGUCGUCUUCCAGAGUUAGUGAGAUGAUCGCUUCGGCUCCCUCAUCCCUGAUUCAACCUCACCUGUAGUGCCUGAGAGACGAUGAUGAAUGAAGUUGAACUCUUCAACAUUCGUACUUAUUGUAUGCGAUUUUUUACAAGUGGAUGAUGCUGUCCGAUUACAAAUUCGUUAUGAUCAAAAAUCCUUAUUUACUUAGCUUAUUGGCGGCUCCUUUUUAUUGUUGAAAUUUGAAAUAGUUUGAGUAAAUGCUGAAUAUUACUUUGUUGAAGUUUAUUGAAAAGGCUGUUAACGCGUUCUGGAUGCUUCCUAAACAAAUAGAAUUGCACAUAAUGCUUAAGAGCUAUCAUGAGACAAAGUCAAACUCUUUUCCUAUGUUUUUAAUUGGCGAAAUAAAACGAUGCUAUUAUUAAAAAA